CUGACCGUGUCCCCCCCGACUCCCUCCCAGGUAUGAAUGCCGCUGUCAGGGCCGUGACGCGAAUGGGCAUCUACGUGGGAGCCAAGGUCUUCCUCAUCUACGAGGGCUACGAGGGCCUCGUGGAAGGAGGCGAGAACAUCAAGCCAGCCAACUGGCUCAGCGUCUCUAACAUCAUCCAGCUGGGUGGCACCAUCAUCGGCAGUGCCCGCUGCAAGGCCUUCACCACGCGGGAGGGGCGCCUGGCAGCUGCUUACAACCUGGUCCAUCGCGGCAUCACCAACUUGUGCGUCAUAGGUGGCGAUGGCAGCCUCACGGGCGCCAACAUCUUCCGCAGCGAGUGGGGCAGCCUGCUGGAGGAGCUGGUGAAGGAAGGCAAGAUCUCAGAGAGCACGGCUCAGACCUACUCCCACCUGAACAUCGCUGGGCUGGUGGGCUCCAUUGACAAUGACUUCUGUGGCACCGACAUGACCAUCGGCACGGACUCGGCCCUGCACCGCAUCAUGGAGGUCAUUGACGCCAUCACCACCACCGCCCAGAGCCACCAGAGGACAUUUGUGCUGGAGGUGAUGGGGCGGCAUUGCGGGUACCUGGCCCUGGUAUCCGCCCUGGCCUCUGGGGCCGACUGGCUGUUCAUCCCCGAGGCGCCCCCCGAGGACGGCUGGGAGAACUGCAUGUGCGAGAGGCUGGGCCAAACCCGAAGCCGAGGGUCCCGGCUGAACAUCAUCAUCAUCGCCGAGGGCGCCAUCGACCGCAAUGGGAAGCCCAUCACCUCCCGCUACGUGAAGGACCUGGUGGUCCAGAGGCUGGGCUUCGACACGCGUGUGACUGUGCUGGGCCAUGUGCAGAGGGGAGGGACCCCCUCGGCGUUCGACCGCAUCCUGAGCAGCAAGAUGGGCAUGGAGGCGGUGAUGGCGCUGCUGGAGGGCACACCUGACACCCCGGCCUGCGUGGUCAGCCUGUCAGGGAACCAGUCUGUGCGGCUGCCCCUCAUGGAGUGCGUGCAGGUGACAAAGGAGGUGCAGAAGGCCAUGGAUGAGAAGAGGUUUGACGAGGCCAUCCAGCUCCGUGGCAGGAGCUUUGAGAACAAUUGGAACAUUUACAAGCUGCUUGCACACCAGAAGGUCUCCAAGGAGAAGACCCAGUUCUCCCUGGCCAUCCUGAACGUGGGGGCCCCGGCGGCUGGCAUGAACGCGGCCGUGCGCUCGGCGGUGCGUUCCGGCAUUUCCCAGGGCCACACGGUGUAUGUGGUGCAUGACGGCUUUGAAGGCCUGGCCAAGGGUCAGGUGCAAGAGGUGAGCUGGCACGACGUGGCCGGCUGGCUGGGGCGGGGAGGCUCCAUGCUGGGCACCAAGAGGACGCUGCCCAAGAGCUACAUGGAGAAAAUCGUGGAAAACAUUCGCAAGUACAACAUCCACGCCCUGCUGGUCAUCGGAGGCUUCGAGGCCUACGAGGGGGUGCUGCAGCUGGUGGAGGCGCGCGGCUCCUAUGAGGAGCUGUGCAUCGUCAUGUGCGUCAUCCCAGCCACCAUCAGCAACAACGUGCCCGGCACAGACUUCAGCCUGGGCUCCGACACCGCCGUCAACGCCGCCAUGGAGAGCUGUGACCGAAUCAAGCAGUCGGCCUCGGGGACCAAGCGCCGGGUGUUCAUCGUGGAGACGAUGGGCGGCUACUGUGGCUACCUGGCCACCGUGACCGGCAUCGCCGUGGGGGCCGACGCCGCCUACAUCUUUGAGGACCCUUUUAACAUCCAAGACUUAAAGGCCAAUGUGGAACACAUGACGGAGAAGAUGAAGACAGAGAUCCAGAGGGGCCUGGUGCUACGAAACGAGAAAUGCCACGAUCACUACACCACGGAGUUCCUGUACAACCUCUACUCCUCCGAGGGGAAGGGCAUUUUCGACUGCAGGACCAAUGUCCUGGGCCACCUGCAGCAGGGCGGGGCUCCAACCCCAUUCGACCGGAACUACGGGACCAAGCUGGGGGUGAAGGCCAUGCUCUGGAUGUCCGAGAAGCUUCGGGCCGUCUACCGCAACGGGCGGGUCUUCGCCAAUGCCCCCGACUCGGCCUGCGUGAUUGGCCUUAAGAAGAAGGCGGUGGCCUUCAGCCCUGUCACCGAGCUCAAGAAGGACACUGACUUUGAGCACCGCAUGCCCCGGGAGCAGUGGUGGCUGAACCUGCGGCUGAUGCUGAAGAUGCUGGCGCACUACCGCAUCAGCAUGGCCGACUACGUGUCCGGGGAGCUGGAGCACGUCACCCGCCGCACCCUGAGCAUCGACAAGGGCUUCUGAGGCUGCCCCGCCCUCCCCGCCAGGCUGCUGCCCCUGGCGCCUGCGGGCAGGCAGGCAGUGGGCAGGCUGUGGCCUCAGCCUUGCCCUGGGGGAUCAUGGCCCCAUCCUCCAGGACAGAGCACCCCGGGUACCACCUUCCAUUCCAGGGGGACACGGGACAUCCUAGCUUGGACAGCACUGCCCUUCCUCCUUGGACCCCUGCAUGGUCCUGAGUCUCUCCACAUGGUGGCCCUUCGCUCUCACCGGCCCUUGGGGUCCAGCGCCGUCUGUGUGCCAAGGGGGUCUGUCCCCAGGGGCCUUGCUGUGACCCUGCUCCUGUGCACUGGACACUGGCUGAGCAGAGCCUGCCAUCUUUUGUAGGAAUAAACUCACCCGACAGUGGA